UCUGAGGAAAGAUGGCGGAAGGAGGUGCGGCGGAUCUGGAUACCCAGAGAGGAGAGGUCGCGGCACUGUUGAAAACACAGCUAAAAAAGGGAGACACAUGGUACCUGGUGGACAGUCACUGGUUCAAACAGUGGAAGAAAUAUGUGGGAUAUGACAGUUGGGACAAAUACCAGAUGGGUGACCAGAAUGUCUACCCCGGACCCGUUGAUAACUCUGGUCUUCUCAGAGAUGGGGAUGUGCUGGCCAUCAAAGAGCACCUCAUCGAUGAGCUUGACUACAUCCUGGUCCCCACAGAUGGCUGGAAUAAGCUAGUCAGCUGGUAUGGAUUGACAGAGAAUCAGGAGCCAAUUGCACGCAAGGUGGUGGAACAGGGUAUGUUUGUGAAGCACUGCAAGGUGGAGGUGUACCUGACGGAGCUGAAGCUCUGUGAAGACAGCAACAUGGACAAUGUGAUCACCAGACGCUUCAGUAAAGCUGACACAAUAGACAUGAUUGAGAAGGAGAUGAGGAAGCUGUUCAGCAUCCCUGAUGAGAAGGAGACCAGGCUGUGGAACAGGUACAUGAGCAACACCUUUGAGCCUCUCAACAAACCUGACAGCACCAUUCAAGAUGCCGGCCUCUACCAAGGACAGGUUCUCGUAAUAGAGCAGAAGAGUGAGGAUGGCUCAUGGCCCCGAGGCUCCACGGCACCCAAGUCAUCUGGUGCUUCCAAUCUCUCUGCUUUGCCAAAGAUCUCGCCUUCAUCUCUCACAAACAAUCAUAACAGCAGCUUCAACAGCAGGAACGUGAAGAAUUCAAGCUAUGGUCUACCAUCCUACCACCCCUACAGCAACAGCUAUGACUACUCAGACCAGAGCAGGCAAAGCGAGCGCUCCGGCCUCUGUGGACUCUCCAACCUGGGCAACACGUGCUUCAUGAACUCUGCUGUGCAGUGUUUAAGCAAUAUCCCUCCACUGACGGAGUACUUCCUCAAAGACAAGUUCACAGAGGAGCUGAAUGAGGACAACCCGCUGGGCAUGAAGGGGGAGAUCGCCAGAGUCUACGCCGAGCUUAUCAAGCAGCUGUGGUCGGGCAAAUUCAGCUACGUCACCCCAAGGCCUUUCAAGACCCAGGUGGGCCGCUUUGCCCCACAAUUCUCGGGCUACCAACAGCAGGACUCUCAUGAGCUGCUGGCCUUUCUCCUGGACGGCCUUCACGAAGACUUGAACCGCAUCAGGAAGAAGCCCUACAUCCAGCUGAAAGACGCUAACGGCAGGCCUGAUAAGGUGGUGGCGGAGGAGGCGUGGGAGAACCACAUCAAGAGAAACGACUCCAUCAUUGUGGACAUCUUCCAUGGCCUUUUCAAGUCCACCCUGGUGUGUCCUGUGUGCGCCAAGGUCUCUGUGACUUUUGAUCCUUUCUGCUACUUGACCCUGCCCCUGCCCAUGAAGAAGGAGCGGACACUGGAGGUCUAUCUGGUCAGACUGGACCCUCUGGCCAAACCCACACAGUACAAGCUGACCGUGCCGAAGGUGGGCUACAUCUCUGACCUGUGUACCUCCCUCUCCAACCUGUCUGGGGUGCCUGCUGAGAAGAUGAUUGUAACUGACAUCUACAACCACCGUUUCCAUCGGAUCUUCGCCACCAACGAGAACCUCAGCAGCAUCAUGGAGAGAGAUGAUAUCUAUGUAUUUGAGUUGGCGGUGAACCGGGUGGAGGACACGGACCAUGUAGUGAUCCCAGUGCACCUGAGGGAGAAGUACAAACAGUCGGGCUACAACCACACCAGCACGCCGCUGUUCGGACAGCCCUUCCUCCUCGCCGUCCCGAGAACCCUCAGUGAAGACAAACUCUACAACAUGCUGCUCCUGCGCCUCUGCCGGUUUGUACGAUCUUCAGUAGAGGAAGAUGAAGAGGAUUGUGAAGAGACACCGCCAUCCAAAUCACACACUGUCAACGGUAACGCCACUAAUGGACUUUUGGAGGAGGGUUCGCCGAGCGAGAUGGAGACCGAUGAGCAGGACGACGAGUCCAGUCAGGAUCAGGAGCUGCCCUCUGAGAACGACAACAGCCAGUCAGAGGACUCUGUCGACAACGAACUGGAGAACGGUGUGGUUGGUCCACAGAACUCCACCAAAGGCCAGCAGACGGCCGUACACAACCGAAAGAGACUUUUUACAUUCCAGUUCAAUAACAUGGGAAAAACAGACUUUACCCUCAUCAAGGAGGACACCAGGCAGAUCCGCUUUGACGAGGGACACCUCCGACUCAGUGACCGCUCUUAUCUCUCCUUGGACUGGGAACCGGAGAUGAAGAAGAAGUACUUUGAUGAGACCGUUGUCGAGGACUUUGACAAGCAUGAGAGCAUGGAGUACAAGCCUCAGAAGAAGGCUUUCUUCAAGCUAAAGGACUGCAUUGAACUUUUUACUACAAAGGAAAAACUGGGAGCAGAGGACCCGUGGUACUGUCCAAACUGUAAGCAGCACCAACAGGCCACUAAGAAGCUGGACCUUUGGUGUCUGCCGCCGGUGCUGGUGGUCCAUCUGAAACGGUUCUCCUACAGUCGUUACAUGAGGGAUAAACUGGACUCCCUUGUUGAUUUCCCUCUCAGAGACCUGGACAUGUCCGAGUUCCUGAUCAACCCCAAUGCUGGGCCCUGUCGCUACGACCUCAUUGCGGUGUCCAACCACUACGGCGGGAUGGGUGGAGGCCACUAUACGGCUUACGCCAAGAACAAAGACGACGGAAAGUGGUACAACUAUGACGACAGCAGCGUGUCUCCUGCCAACGAAGAUCAAAUAGUGUCCAAAGCAGGCUACGUGCUGUUCUACCAGCGCCAGGACACGGUGAAAGGCACCGGCUACUUCGCUCUCGACCGCGAGGAAGAGGAAGAGGAGGAGGAGGAGGAGGAGGAGGAUGAUGAUGAGGAGGAAGGAGAAGAUGAGGAGAACGAAGGCGAGAAGAGACGGGAGAGAAAGACCGCCUCCUCUGCUCAGGGCUCGUCCGCCGCCGGUGCCGCCAUCGCCUCCAACUCCGCCGCAGCUCAGAGUGACGAGGAGGACCCGAACGAGAACCGGCGCAGGAAGAACGACAACGAGCAGGGAGAUGAAGAGGAGGAAGGGGAGCAGGCGCCCAAUCGAGACGUCACCAUGAAAACCAACUGAGGCAAAACGAGGACAUGAACAAAACGGAGAGAGAGAGACUAGGAUCUUUCCAUCCAAAGCCAUAUGGACACACAGCAUGGCAGCGGGCGCCACCAGUCCCACCCAGCGGCUCGGACUCGGCCGCUCCACAGGCUGAGCCGCUGCGGGGGUGGCGGCUGUUAGGUCAGGGAGCUGUCGUGGUACGCAACUCUAAGAAAUCAGGGCCCUCCUCUGUGGUUGGAUCACUAUGUGUGUGUGUAUAUGUGUGUAAGGUGUGAGUGUGUCGCCACGUUCAUUCGUUUAGGAUUUGCUCACCUGUUCUCUGAUAAGAGUCGAUGAACAACAUUUGGGAUGGGGUUAGAGGCGUCGCAGAACUGCGGUGUAGCGCUCUUAAUCGCUCUCUGCUUUUUGUGUUCCUUUUUGAUUUUUUUUCUUUUAUAUAUAUUUUUGAAAGCAAUGCAUUGUUGGCAUAUCAUUUUAUUAUCAUUUAGACCUUGUAAAUAUUUUAGACACUGAAUUAUAUCAGGUUUUCAUGAUGCGCUGAAACAUUUUGAACUUGCACAAUCACCAACCCUCCACCUUUUUUUUUUUAUUUUUUAUGUAUUAUUGCCAGACAUACUGCAAUUGUUUAACAAUAACAUCUCUCAGACGGCUUUUCUCACGUAAAAAGCUUAAGAAGCUGCCUUUUAUUAAGCUAGGGGUGAGACACGUGUAGAGUCUAGACUUAACAUAGAGAAGUGAUGCUCAUAAUUGGAUUUAUAAAAUGUCGUACAGCCAAACUGUCCUAGCUUUGUACUGCUGCUGCUACUGCUGUGAUCUUGCAUUUUUAGACAGAUUAUUAGCGUAUCGGCAUGAACCAUAGCGAUUUAAGGUCCUGCCUUUGUUGUCCCUCUCUCUGGUCUCUUCUCUGUUGAUCAUUUAUAUUUCCUAAAACCUAAAAUAAAUCAGGAUUAAGAAGUUAUCCAGCUAACUUUGCAAAAUAACUCAACUUUUGCACAUUUUAUUGUGCAAAAAUGAAUUAUUAAAAGCUGUUUCACUCGGUCUUAAUCAACUCAACAUAAUGCGCAGGGAUUGCAACAAAUAUCUGUUCAAAAGUUAGCUGGCUGACUCAUAGAUCCUACGCCACAAAUCUCCUCUUCAACUCUCCCUCUUUAAGUUAUUCAUAGGUGGUGCUUUUUCCUCUCGCUCUCUCUCUCCCCCCUCUUCAUAUUCGAGGCACUUUGAGAUUAGGAACAUCGGUGAUUUCGCCGACAAUCGGAUGGAUCAUCUCUUGUUGGGAUCACUUCAGCCUUAACUCUUGAUCUCAGACCGGUCGCCUUUUCUUUGCUCAUCACCAUCACACCAUCUUUCUCGCACGGCCCCUUCACGCACCAACACUCGUGCACGAAUGUCCGUAUUGCUUGUCUGCUUGUUGCAUCGCAGCCAUGUCAUCUCGGAACUGUUUCUUUAAACCCACAAUAGGGCCAGAAUGUACACUGAAUGGAAUGAGCACUGACCAGAUGUAUGUGUCUGAUGCCUUUUUGGUUCUUUACAGGGCCAGAUUAAUUUUUUCCUCCUUUCUUUUUUUUUUUCCUUUCAUGGCUCCCUUUCUUGGUUUGGUUGAAUGUGAUGGUAAAGGGUUCUUGGCCUUUGAGAACAGCCGUAUGAAUUCAUGGGUACUGUUAAAUGCAUCCCUUACCAGAGAGGGGGAAAAAAUGCUUAAUUGUGGUCCUGAGCUUCGAGGAUGGGGAGAGAGGGGACAAAACUGAAAACUGUGGGGUGAGUCUGCCUAAAAGGCCUAUCAGCUUUUGGAAUCAUGAUACAGUGAAAAUAUUUUGUGGCAGAUUGUUGCAGGAUAUUCCUCCAUCGGUGUAACUCAUGAUAAAACUAUUCUCCAUGGUGGAGUGUUAUCUUUUCUUUUUCUACCUGUUCUUCCAUUGUAAACAGCAUUAGCGUACCUGUCGUUGCCUCAGAAUAUUAGAUGCCUUGCCAUGCCCUUUAUGAGCAUCUCUGUGCUUUGACUUCAGUUGGCUUCAUUGCCUUCGGCGCUGCCUUGCUUUUUGGGCGACUCACCCCCCCCCCCAUCCUGACUGAGUGAGAUGUGAUUGCUACUAUAGGCUUAUACAAUACUGUACAUAAGAGUUCACUCUGUGAGUGCACAUUUGAUAAAGUUUAUUUAUUUAUAUGUAAGCAUUUAAUAAUAAACAGACAAUAUAUUUAAAACCUUGACAAGACCUGAAAUGUCAG